AAGAACAGGCAACGGAAAGAUGGAGCGAUCAAGUUCUUCUCAGACAUGUUUUGUCUCCAUCAUCCGAGUAAUUACGUCUGUUCCCAUAUUUUCACUGCUUCGUCCAGCUCACACUCACCAUUGACUGCAGGUCGGCAAAAUAUUAUUCUUUGAAAGGCUUCCCUCGGUGAUGGGAAGUGAUUCACCCAGUACGGAAGAGGAUGGUUUGCUAGCACGCACACCAAAACUGUCGUGCGCCGACUGGGACCCACACCUUGAAGUCGUGUUGCCUGUAUUAUGCAAGCGCUGCUAUACUCUUUGUACAAAGAAUGAUGCACCGCGUCGGUAUGCUAAUGAAAAGCAAAAAGUGGAGCACGAGUUGAGGUCCAUAUCAGAGACUCUGGGUGCCGAUCUACUGCAACACAUACUCCUUGUUUUCGUCCAUGCAUACUUUGAACAUGAAUGCUCACGGACAACUCAAGCGAGCUGCAUUGAAUAUGACAGGCAACUCUACAUUCCUUCCAUGAUUGAAGAGGUAGAGGCUCUCCAAGCGAAACUCAAUACAACAGAGGAUGAGGAUGAGCAACGAGCGCUGGAGGAGGACGUCACAGGCAAGAUCCUCUGGCUUUGUCGGUGCGGGAUAUCUGCUGAAGUAGAGCAACUGUUACCGAAGGUUGUGGAUUACAUUCGGCGAGAAGGAAAUAUGAAGGGUUUAAGGGAAAUUGCCUUUGCUAUGUCUUCAACAGACCCAGGUGAUGAUCAAGCUCACUUGCAGCGGAUCAUGUUUGAUGCAGGAGCAGGCACGUCAAAACAUCAGUUAUGGCUUGCCGCUCGGGCAGCAGAGCAAGCCAAGUGGUCUAGAGAUACCCACGUUGUGGACGACCCAGGUUCUGCUCCGAGUACAAGCAGUCAACCGCCCUCCGCAUCAGUGGUUUAGCAAACUUGGAUGUUGUGUAACCGUUAUCCCGAAGGGGUGGGAGUGAUGAUGUGAUGACGAUCGUG